UUGAAUCUAUAAGCGGUGAAAACCGUGUUUUUAUAUUAGUUUUUUUCUCUCUUUGGCAUUGGUAUUUGGUCCACCGUCAACUUUGCAAUUUGUACUGCGUUGAUUAUAUUACAUAUUUAUGCACCAGCUCGAAAGUGAUCGGUUAAUCCAGUUGAAAAGAAGUGAUUUUUGUACAUUAGUACAACUUCCAAUUCCCUGCUUAUUGAAAUGUCUGCUGAUCCACACAGAUUGUUGGCCUGUCCAUUUAAUAUGGCACAUCAAAUCGAAUCGUAUAGAAUGCAUGUACACUUACAAAAAUGUAAAAAGCAAUAUCCUAAUGUUAUAAAAUUAGUAUGUCCAUUUGAUUCUACACACAUAGUGAAUAGUCCGGAGAUAGAUCACCAUGUAAACUCAUGUAUGCGUCGUGGAAUGCUAGACAACCAGUUAUAUAAUUUUGAUGAUAAUUCUUAUGUCCCAGUCACAGUUGUUGGCACAACAAAUAUACAAUGCGAAGAGUCCUGGGAUGAUGAGGUAGCCUCAUCAUACAAACCCGGAGAAUCCAAGGCACCCCAUGUAAUUACAAAACUCAUGGGAGCCACACCAUCAGAACGAAGAAAGGCUCGUAUGGAAAAGAUUAAGACAUAUAAACCACCACCAACAAAUAAUUAAAUAGUGUUGUAUAUAUCUAGCUGUCAAAUAAAUGUAAUAUAUAAGGUUUGAAUAACAUAUUGAAAUAUUACAAUUAGGAUUCACUGUAAUUCAGUUAUACUAAAGCAACAUAUAAUUUUUCCAUUUCUAACAUUAAGAACAGAAAAGAGAUUACAGAUAAUGAAUCAUGGAUAAAUAUCCAUUUACUCCCUUAU